AUGAGUGAAGCAAAGAUUUCUGAAGCCUUUACAGCUGUCAACAUAGGAACCAAAAAUGCCAGGGACAGUUGGAUAGCAGCAAAAGGAGCCUCCAUCUUCCAGUCCAGGCAUACAAAUAUAUGGUUGCGAGAUCAAAUCAACUGCCUCAUUACAGAAGGGAACAACAUCAAGGCAAAUAUUUUGGAUUUACAAGGAGCUAUGAAGAACAUGAAAGCUGAGCUCAAAAGGAUAAAGCAAGCUGAAGAGAAAAUAACCUAUUUAGAAACAGAGAUUGAAGCCACAAAGAAAAAUCAAGAAGAAGAGACUGUAACAGCAUCUUUAGAGGAGCAGUAUCUUAAAAAGCUGGAGAAGGAUAACGAAAAUUUACACUUGAGGAUCUUCAUGCUUUCUGAGAAGAGCUCAGCAUUGACUGCAUCGAUGAAGAUCAACCAACAGAGUUACCUGCAGCUCUGCUGCCAUGUCAACAAGCUAAAAAGAGAGCUCCAGGAAUGCAAACUGACCUGUGGUGAGGAGGAUGAAGUUUUUACAAAGAUGAAACACCAAAUCUGGGAACUAGAAGAGUAUAUACAAGAAUACAAAGUGAAAAUACAGGUGCUUCAGGACAGAGAGAAAAGCCUGCAGGAUGAGCUGUCAGCUGUUGCGAAAGACAAGGUUCGACAUCAGAGCAAGUUGCCAGGCAAGUUUUUGAACCUUCACCCAAAGAGCUUGAUGUAUGAAAUGGCCAGGGCUGAACUGGAAGAAAAAAUGCGAAGAGAAGAGAAAUUUGUGAAGAAACAGCUUUGUGGUGGUAGGACAAAGAUCACCUGGGUCUUGAUAGGCUUGUGGCACUUUGCUGGUGUCCUGCUGGUGAUUGUCUUGACCGUCCUGCUAGUCACCGUCUUCAUCCUCACUGCCUGCCUUUCCAAUCACACAGUGACAGAGGCAUAUCAGCGCCCUGUGUGGCAGUUCCUGGACUAUUACAUCCAACCAUAUAUGCAACUCUACAGCACCGGCAUCUUACCAAAGUGAUCUCAGGAUUGGAAGAAG